AUGCUAAGUCCUCGUUUAAGAGCCGUUGCUGAUGGAUAUGCGAGCGAUCCUGAUGCUCCCAAACAAGGAAGACGAUCUGGAACCAAUUCUCCACGCAGCAAGAAGCAUGAACGUAUUCCAUCUAUAAAUCAGCUCAAGCGAACGUCAACCAAUACUUCCGUAUCUCAUGCACAAUCAACAGGUGGACGAUUGGGUCAUCGUUUACCUCAAGGUUUAUAUUUCGAUCUUGUACGUGCGAACGAAGUUGGUCAUGCAUAUAGACUUGAAGUACAAUCGUACGAUCAAGAUGAUUCUGCAACUUGGGAAACUCUUCGUUACCGUCAACGUGAAGCACCUCAUCUAUUCUUGGGUGCAUUUUUACCUCAACCUUUGCCGAAAGUGUCUGGCCCGUUGAGUAUGAGCGGGCCACCACCAAGAAAGAUGAUUGGGUUUGUGUGCGGAACAGCAUCUUCAGCAUUGACGGCAAGGGCGAUAAAAAAUCAUUCGGACGAUGAGCAUUCAUGGCUGGUUUGUCUGUGGUCUGUUUGCGUCGCCUCUGAAUAUCGCAAGAAAGGUCUUGGGUUGAAGUUGAUUGAGGAAUACAUUCGCCGAAUGAGAAGAGCGGAAGAAGGAGAAAGCAAGAAAGGCUAUGAAUGCGUUGCAACCUUGUGUCAUGAGGACACUAUUCCACUAUUUGAAAAGGCAGCUUUCAAGAAGUUGGGCGUUAGUCAUGUCAAUGCUGGCAGUGGAGGCUGGUUCGAACUUCGCAGAUAUAUUUCGCCAAAAGAUCACGAUGAAGAAGAAGGUGAAGAUAGCGGCGAUGGAAAGCCAACAUCAUUGGUCAUUCCACAAUCGGCUGGUAGUUCAGACGCAGCUGUUGUCUCUUCGCCUACAAUUCUAUCGCCUGCCGUUCUCGAUUCUUCUGCAUUACCGUCGAAUACCGAUAAAGAGGUCAAAGUGUCUAGUUCUCCGCAGGAAAGCGUCAGUAAUGAUUCUUCAAGCGCAGAGCCUGCAUUGAGUGGAGUCUCACCUUUUGGUGAUACGUCUGCCUUUUCAACAGCUAAGAUCAUGGAAGCUUUGGGAACACAACAAGCAAACAAGAAUCGCGAAGGACCACGUAAUCCUGGUAUUGCCUAUUCUACCAUUAUGGGUCAAACUUUAGCUUCGAAAACUUCGGUUGAAGAUGCAUUUUAUGCAUUAGAGGCACGUUUGGUCAACAGAGAAGAUCAAUCAAAUUUGGCCGAUCUUUACUGUCCAAGAGAAGAAUGUGCAUGUUUGUUGAUUAAAGGAGGAAAUGCAGAUUGGGAAAUUGCGGAAAUGGGACCAUUGACGCAAGCCAAUCUAUCAUUGCCAAACAGUCCUUCGCCACCUUCUGCUCCUGUUCCACCGCCACCUGCAUCUUUGGAUCGCGUACGAAGUGCAUUAGGUGGACAUCAACGUGAUUCUUCGGUUACCUCUACGGCAGCACAUGCAUUCUGGAUCGUUCAUUCGCCAAUGAUAUUCGAGAACAUUGGUUUCUCGCGUGAUUCCGAAUGGAGAUUGCCACCUUUGCCUAGCAAGUCAAUUUCUUCUAAUGGUUCGGAAGGAGAUUCAAAUGCUGGAGGGUACGGAUCUUCUUCGAGUGCAGGAACAGAACGCAAGAAACCUGCCAAAAGGGGAAGUUUGUUCCGCGGUAUUCGUGAUACGAUUGAUAAGACGAAAGAACGUAGAAAUACGAAUUCAUCCAAUGCAAGUCAAGGCCAAAAGUCAUCACCUAAAUCACUUUCACCUACGAGUGCAGGUAUUUUGAGCUCGAGCAGUAUCAAAGUGAAGUACCUCUUGUGUGCCGAUUGCGAUUGUGGACCUUUGGGUUAUACAGUUUUACCUUCUUCUUUGGAAGGUGGAAAUUUUGCCAAAGAGGUCGGUAAACAAGCUGCGGGUCAAUUCGGAGGAGGUGAAGAAGAGGAAGAAGAACAGCCAAAGAAAGAACCUGAAAUGCAAUUAUACUUUGUUGCUGCUGAUCGCGUUCGUUAUCGAUUACCAAAAUGAGCGUUCAAGUCUCAUUAGCAAUGUCACAUUUCUUGGAAAAGAAAACAAUUUCUCCAAAUUAUCAUAUUCGAACAGUUAAACCCUUGUUACAGAUUCUUAUCAUGCAAAUUUUGUCUCGAGUUUUGUACUCUCAGUUUCGAUGACUGUUGUGCUCUGUUGUUGUACCUUUGUUUCCGUAUAGCUGAUCGUUUACUUUUUCUUUUUCUUUCUCAUACUUGCUUAUAUUUUGCUUAUUAACUUUCCCACGAAACUUACCUUACAAUGUUGUUGUACAUCAUGCUGUUUUCCUGAUCCAUUAAUUCCAUGUGUUUAUGUUCG